UGCAGGCAAAACACCAGUGAACAUAAAGUAAAAAUAAAUUAAAAAAGAAAGAAAGAAAGCUCUUAAUUCAUUUUGACAGUGGUUGCACAAGUGUGUCCCUGACCAGUUAAUCCCUGACUGUGGUGACUGAUGUUUUGGUGAUCGAAAACUCUCAUGUUGGUACAUACACGGAGAGUCCCUAACACCUUUGAAAGGGCUUUUAGGAAAUUGUGAGGGGAGUAUAUGGGAGCUCGUGUAUAGUAUUUGUUCAGUGAAAACAAUGUGUAUGUGUUUCAGGUCUCUGGUGGGCCUAGAGUUUGGAAAGAGAGAACAGGGCAGUGAAGCUCCAGAACCAUGGAGACAGUAAGGCCAUGGUCACUGCCUCCACCUCUUCGCUUCAUAUCUGCGUUUUCUAUGUGCCUGGCUUCAAAUACUUUAGUUUUGACUUCUGGUUGACCUGAUGAGAGGAGGGAGUAGGAUAUGCAAAAGGACUGUGUAUAUGCCCUCAAGAUGGUGGGGCUCCUGUCUUGGAGAAGAGAAACAAACCUGUGCUGCAUGUAUUGGUGUACACACCAAGAAGUACUUAUUUGUGGCACUCCUGGAGAACGGCACUCCAUGCCCUGUGACAGUGUGCUUGUGAGAGCUACAUACUCUGCUUUCCAGUGACAUUCAUGGUCAGCCAUGCUAAAUAAACAUCCUAGAAGAUGGGAUUAUGAAAAAGUGAAUAAAAUCUACUUUUGGGGUCACAAGUAGGCAUUAUAACCAGUUUUUAUUCACUUAAGAUGUCAGAAUGAUGAAGCAGCCAGAAUAAUUAUGGUUGGUCAUGGAGGAUAAGCAGGAAGCUUGUCCCAAGGGGGACAGUGAUUUUGUUUCUGACAAAGUAAAUUUCAAAAUAGAAGAGGAAGAUGAUCAAAUUCCAUGUCACAGUUUGGAAAGAGUGGACUUUAAAAGUGAGCCAGAGGACAUGAGACAGACAGACAGUGGCGAUGAGCAGGCAGAGAUCAAAGCAGCAAGCUAUGCCUGUCAGCCUCCUGGGAAGUACUUCCCUGCUGAGAGUGAGGAUGACUAUGGCUCACUCUUCUCCCAGUAUAGUAGCACACUGUACAACGUAGCCAUGGAAGCCGUGACCCAGAGCCUUCUUUCUAGCCGACACAUAAGCUCCAGGAAGAAGUCUCCAGCCUGGAAGCAUUUCUUUAUCUCUCCUCGAGAUAGCACUAAAGCAAUAUGCACAUACUGUAUGAAAGAGUUCAGUAGGGGCAAAAAUGAAAAAGACUUGAGUACAAGUUGCCUCAUGAGGCAUGUGAGGCGGGCACAUCCCACCAAGCUCAUUCAAGAAAAUGGAAGUCUAUCAGCAGGGUCCUCCUUUUCCUCUCCCUCUCUUCUGCUUCCAUCACAGCAUACAGAUGUGGGAGAUCUCAGCACUGUGCUCUCACCUGUCAGGCUUGUCCAGAAAGUGGCUCCCAAGACCCUAUCCCCUGACCAAAUAAUGGAAGAGCCUGUGACUGUGGUCUCUUGCGAAGAGGUGUCCUCUGAUGUGUCUGUCACUGAAAAGUAUAGCAGAGAAGAGGCCUUAGCAGGCUCCUCCCCCAACCUCUCCAUGCUCCAUUAUGAUGACGCUUCAGAAAGCAUGGCAGAAAGAAACCUUCCCCUUCCCAAAAGCACAUCUGGGUCCAGGAGGAGGUCGGCCGUCUGGAAGCACUUCUACCUGUCGCCCCUUGAUAGCUCCAAGGCUGUCUGUGUCCACUGUAUGAAUGAAUUCAGCAGAGGGAAGAAUGGGAAGGACCUGGGCACAAGCUGCCUCAUCAGGCACAUGUGGAGAGCACAUCGAUCCAUUGUACUACAGGAGAAUGGGGGCAGCACAGGCAUCCCACCAUUGUACCCUAUGCCUCCAACCCUGUUGCCUGCCCUGAUGCCCCCAGAGGGGGAGCUAAACUCUGCAUCGUUGUCUCCAGGCAAACAAGUCAAAGAGUGCCCUUCUGCCUCCUCAUCCCCAGAGAGGCUGCCUGAGGACUUGUCAUCACACACAAAUCCUGGGGAUGUGUCCCGGGAAGACGUGUCCAUGUUGUCAUCCUCUGAUGACCUGGGGGAGUCCUCUGUAGUGUCCUCUCCAGAGAAGCAGCCAGCAGAUACAGGAAGUUCAAGGUUUGAAUCGGGCACUGUCUUCCAGCAAAAUAAGAAGGUCAUGAGAAGACUGAAGUCAGAAGUCUGGCAUCACUUCUCCCUGGCCCCCAUGGACAGUCUCAAAGCAGUGUGCCGGUACUGUAGCUGUGUGAUUAGUCGGGGUAAGAAGGGGGACGUAGGCACCAGUUGUUUGAUGCGACAUCUGUACAGACGCCACCCCGAGGUUGUCGGGAACCAGAAGAACUUUUUGGGUGCAAGUUUGGCAAACUCUCCGUAUGCCACUUUGGCUUCUGCAGAAAGCUCCUCCAAAUUAACUGACUUGCCAGCAGUGGUCAGAAAAAACCAUCAAGGUGUGUUUCCUGCUCAUAGCAAGAAGACCUCAAAGCUGUGGAACCACUUCUCUAUUUGCUCUGCAGACUCAACAAAGGUGGUAUGCCUGCACUGUGGCCGCACCAUCAGCAGGGGCAAGAAGCCCACCAACCUGGGCACCAGCUGUCUCUUGAGACACCUGCAGCGGUUCCAUGGCCAUGUCCUCAAGAACGAUGGCUCAGAGGCCACUCUGCCCCGUUCUUCAGGAGUCCGGAGACCUCUGGCCAUGGAGCUCUCAGGAGCUUCCUCUUUCCGUGACUCAACAGAGAAGUUCUAUGACUCUCAUCCAGUUGCCAAAAAAAUCACAAGUCUCAUAGCUGAAAUGAUUGCACUUGACCUUCAGCCAUACUCCCUUGUAGACAACAUUGGCUUUAACAGGCUGCUUGAAUACUUGAAACCUCAGUACUCUUUACCCUCCCCUUCUUACUUCUCUAGAACAGCGAUCCCAGGUAUGUAUGACAAUGUGAAGCAGAUAAUUAUGUCACAUCUGAAGGAAGCCGAGAGUGGUGUGGUCCACUUCACCUCCGGAAUAUGGAUGAGUAGCCAGACUCGUGAGUACCUGACCCUUACAGCUCACUGGGUCACCUUCGCAUCUGCUGUCCGGCCACAUUGUGAGGACCACCAUUGCUCAGCACUUUUAGAUGUGUCACAGAUUGACUGUGACUACAGUGGGAACAGCAUUCAGAAGCAGCUGGAGUGUUGGUGGGAAGCCUGGGUGACCUCCAUCGGCCUUCAGAUUGGCAUCACUGUCACCGACAAUCCAAGUAUAGGGAAGAUGCUGAGUGAGGGCGAACACUCGAGUGUGCAGUGCUUCAGCCACACGGUGAAUCUGAUUGUGAGUGAGGCUAUCAAGAGCCAGAGGAUGGUGCAGAACUUACUGAGCAUUGCCCGGAAGCUGUGCGAGCGGGUCCACAGGUCACCCAGGGCAAGAGAGAAGCUAGCAGAACUGCAGAGGGAGUACGAGCUGCCGCAGCACCAGCUGAUCCAGGAUGUGCCGUCCAAGUGGAGCACGUCAUUCCACAUGCUUGAACGGCUGAUUGAGCAGAAGAGGGCAGUUAACGAGGUGUCCAUUGAGUGUAACUUCAGAGAAUUGAUCAGCUGUGACCAGUGGGAGGUCAUGCAGUCUGUGUGCCAUGUGCUGAGACCGUUUGAUGCUGCAAGCCGAGAGAUGAGCGCCCACAUGUCUACUCUGAGCCAGGUCAUCCCCAUGAUCCACAUCCUCAGCAGGAAAGUCGAGAUGCUCUUUGGGGAGACAAUGGGCAUUGACACCAUGCUUAAGUCCCUGAAGGAAGCCAUGGCGAGCCGCCUAUCUGCCACUCUCCACGACCCCAGGUACAUCUUUGCCACACUGCUGGACCCUCGCUACAAAGCUUCCCUGUUCACAGAGGAAGAGGCGGAGCAGUACAGGCAAGACUUAAUCAGGGAGCUAGAAAUACUGAAUUCUACCUCAGAGGACACGGCCACCUCCAAUGGCUGUGACUCAGGGUCCCCACUUAAAGACACUGGCACAGGGGAGAGCCUGUGGUCACUUGUUGCACCAAUAAAGAGAGAGAAGAGAGAGAAGCUACCUGAAGACAUGGUGCUUGCAUAUUUGGAGGAAGAGGUGCUGGAACACAGCUGUGACCCACUUACCUACUGGAACCUGAAGCGGUCAUCCUGGCCUGGGCUGUCUACCUUAGCAGUCCGAUUUCUGGGCUGCCCCCCAAGUACAGUUCCCUCAGAAAAGCUCUUCAGCACACCCAUGGAGGCUGGCAGCUUUGGGCAGCCCAGGCUUGCGAUGGAGCAUUUUGAAAAGCUCAUCUUUUUAAAAGUGAAUCUCCCCUUGAUAUGCUUUCAGUAUUGAACUCAUGAUGGAGCCACCAGGCUGGAAAUGCACUUCAGAGUGCCAGCUAUGGUGCCAGGGCUGACUUGUCUGGCAGGGCCAUGUAGGACGCCAGACCAGGUAUCUAGGGCCACCUGCCAGCUUUCACCGUAAUAUCCACAUGUGCCUUAACUCCUCCUUCAGGCCAGGUGUCGAGGUGCGUUUUCAGAAGCCCACUAGAAACAGUCUUGGCAAUUAAGAAAUAGGAUGAUCAGGUUUAAUUCAUAACUAUAAAGUUUUUUUUGGCUCUUUGUUUUUUUAGGGGAUAGUAAUUUGGUUUACUAGAAUGGAGGGAAGAUGUAAACAAUUUUAUUGUGUAGGGUUUUUAUUCAGUUGUGUAAAAACCACAAAUCAGGUGCUGCAUUUUAAUUAAAUAUUAUUUUAAUUGCAACAAAACAGCUUUUGUGGCUGUCAGAUGAAACCUGUAAAUAGGAGGUGGAGGUUAAGCCAUCCUGACUGAAUAGUUCUUAACCACAGGCUCCAAAGUAUGUCGAGGAGAGAAUAUUCUGGAAGCUGUUUACUGUAACAGAAACCAGGCAUUUGAAAACAAAACUGAACUUAGGCAUAUCAUGGAGUAUCAGUUACAGUUAUGUGGCUGUUUGUUUGGUCACAAGAACUUUCCCAGGUCAGGUGUUUGCAUUCAGGUUUUACAUGGUCAGUUAACUCAGAGAUAUCCCACUUAUCAUGAACUCCUUGAAAUUGGAUCCAAGUUUUAAAGUCAUGCUUAGGAUUUCACCAGUGCAUGAUAGGACACGUUUACAGCAGAUGGCCUGUUGAUCAAAUCUCCAUGCCUCUGAUUUAUAUGCGUCUCUAUACUAUAAAGCUAUCUCCUAAGAAGUGUGCACUGACCCCCUCCUGUUCGAUCAGACUGUAGCUCAGAUUCUACUUUGAGGAGAUAGCUUGUUAACAGGGAAAGCGCUUGUCUAUUGCAGUCGUCAGAAAAGCCUUAGGCAUUUAGAUUUUUUUCCUAUGAUAGGGAAGAUUCAACUGUCAUUGGGGUAUUACAGAAUCCCAAGGAUAUCAAAAUGAAGUAUCAGCUGUCAGAUUCUUUUACCAGACCCAAAAGUUUUUGUUUUAAAAAAUGUCUAAAGAAAAAAAAAUUGAUUUUCUCAUUUCAAAUCAAUUAAAUAUUAUGGGUGAGACAAAUCACUCAUUUGCUUCUGACCUUCUAGAAAAAGCUGUUCUUUUGUUGAAAUACUGUAUGUAGGCUCAGUCUAAAUUUGCGUGGACUAUGCUUUAGUGUAUUUAUAAAUGAUGAACUUGGAUUCUGAAAUUAAACUUUUUAUUUGCGAUUUUCUA